GGAGCAAGUAUCGCUAUGGUGACGGGGAAAAAAGCCGCCCAAGAACCGAGUCACGUGACCACCAGCUGAUAUACAUUCAAACAAGCUAGCACAUGGCUAACGUGGAGAUAUCUGUAGACUGGACAUUUCCAUUGAAGAGAAUCUCCUCAGAUGUCUGCCCCUCCAUCUGUUGCCCUCAACAGCGGGCUUCAGAUGCCCCUCCUGGGGUUGGGGACCUACAAGCUUCGUGGUCCUGAGGAAGUGCAUGCUGCUGUGGAUGCCGCUCUGGCUGCAGGAUAUCGAGCUUUUGACAGUGCCGCUGUUUAUCGCAAUGAAGCCGAUUUAGGCAGCGCUCUAAAGCAUUUACUGCCCAAAUAUGACCUAACCAGGAAGGAUGUUUUUAUAACUAGUAAGUUGGGCCCUAAGGAUCAGGGUGAGAAAGCCAAGGAGGCGGCCCUCCACAGUCUAUCUCAGCUGGAUUUAGAUUACAUUGACUUAUACUUGAUUCACUGGCCUGGGACACAGGGUCUCCCUGUGGCGGAUCAUCGGAAUCCAGGCAACCGAGCUCAGAGUUGGGCCGCUCUGGAGGAGCUGCACGGCCAAGGGAAGCUGAAGGCCAUAGGAGUGUCUAACUACACACCAGCGCACAUGAGGGAACUGAUGAGCAGCUGCAGGGUCCCACCUGCAGUUCUUCAGGUGGAGUUUCACCCGCGGUUGUGCCAGGCCGAGCUAAGGAGUGUGUGUGACGAGUCCAGAGUGUGUUUCCAGGCAUACUCCUCCCUGGGAAAAGGAGAGCUGCUGUCCGACCCGCUGAUCCUGGAGGUGGCAGAGCGCUACAAGCGUACAGCGGCUCAGGUUCUGUUACGCUGGGCUGUGCAGCAGGGAAUUCCGGUGCUCCCCAAAUCCUCAAAUCCUGAACGAAUCGAAGAGAAUUCCAGGAUUUUUGACUUUGAGUUGAGUAGCACAGACAUGGAGAGGUUGUCGUCUUUGGACUGUGGACACAAAUACUGCUGGGAUCCUUCACAGGUGGCCUGAAACGCCUUGUUUUAACCUCAAACUUUAAAAGACAUAGUGCUUUGCAUCACUAUUUGCAGCUCUAUUUCAACAUUUUUUAAUAAAGUUUUUUAAAAAACAAAAAAAAAACACUCUUAGAAUCAUUUAUUAAAGACAGCAUAUAGCAGAGGCUUGACAGCUGUAGAGAAAAUACAUUAAAAAAACAAAAAUUAUUUAAAAAAAAAAUCCACUUAAUGUAUUAAAAUUGCAUUUCUUCCCCUCCCAGACACACUCAAAGAUUCAAGUAAUACUAAGGAUGGUUUCGGAAAACUCCAGGCGCCCGCGCAGGUUCGUGCUUCACUGCCCGCUAAAGAGCCGAUCAAAAGUGUUUCCCUUGCCGUUGUGGCAGUGAACGCACCUCCGAGAGUUUGUGCUUUCCCCCUUCAGCGUCCUAAUAAAGAUUUAAGGCUGUGAAGUUCAAAAAAGGCGCUUCAUCUAACGCGACAAUUCAUCUCCCGAGAAGAAAAGGUUCACCCGAGAGCCAAAAACAGUGCGAGUAAUCUCUACCAGCUCAUGAGUACAAAUAUUGUCCUUUAAGAAGUGAUUAGAUAGAUCAGAGUAGUGGCAUGAAACACAUCAAUCACGACAGCUGAGAACGUUUUUAGAAAAAUGCAGCACCGUUCAGAUUGUCUGGAGUUCCAGAGUUUAGGGAAAAAAA